AUGGAGCGCAGCCCGUCCCACUCCCGCUCCUCGUCUCUAAACUCCCACUCGCCCUCCGUCCAAUCCAACACAAACUCCACUCGUUAUAUGCUCGCCGGCAUGAACAACAACAGCAGCGGUCUCGACCCCCCAACCCUCCCUAUGGCUCCCGCCCGGGCUCCUUCCGCUCCUCCUCCCCCGGCACCGGCACCCCCCUCAUGGACACCAAGGGCCUCCCCAGCUCCCUCUCCGUCAACUACCUCCCCUCCAAGUUCUCCACCCUCACCGGCGGCGGCGUCCGCCUCCGCAAGGCGCGGUGGGGGCCGAGAUGCCUUCAAGGCGAACGAGGCCCGCAUGCCCGGCGAGGGCGACGACGAUUACGAUGGUGUCGAUCCCGGCCGCAAGGGUGGCCGUCGUCUCCGAUGGAAUCGUUUCAAAUGGAUCCUCUUCGUCGCCAACCUCCUGUUCUCGAUCUACUCGCUUGCGGGCCUCAUUUCCACCCUGCUCGUGUACUUCAACGCAUGGACACACGCAGACAUCAUCCGCGUAGGGAACCAAACGGAGCUCAUCAUCUCCACCGUCGCCGCCGCGCUUGGCGUCCUCACCUCGGUCAUCGGCUGGGCCGGGAUCCUGCUCAACAACCGCGCCUUCCUCGCCGUCUACUCCUUCCUCCUCUGGAUCUGCUUCGCCCUCCUCGUCACCCCAGGCUACAUCACCUACAAGAAGCGCACCUUCAACCUCGAGGGCAAGGUCAACGCCCAGUGGUCCCGCGACCUGGGCCUCGAUGGCCGCCUCCGGAUCCAGAACCAGCUCCACUGUUGCGGCUACUUCAACCCGUUCAUCGAGGCCACCGUCUCCCAGACGUGCUACGCGCGCUCGCUCCUGCCCGGAUGCAAGGCGCCGUACAUCGAAUUCGAGCGCGUCGUCCUCAAGCGCUGGUACAUCAUCGUCUUCGGCCUCGGCAUGAUGCCCAAGGCGUACCGCCUCAACAUGAACUCGAUGGCGGUGAUCAUGGACAACUACGCAAACCAACUUGCGGAGCAGUAUGGGAACGACGUUGCGUCGGAGGUCAUGUCGCGCUCGCGAUCGAACCUCCAGCUCGACGCGAUGCCGACGGUGGGGUACAACAAGUAA